AGGCCUUCCGCUUGAGGGCUGGAAAUGGCGCAAGCAGGAAACACACCAUUGACUCUGUCGAAUCCAUCGUCGAUUGCCUCGAAAGAUGACAUCAUCUACGAUGAUUUGGAGAGCUCAGAUUAUGGCGAACUCGACGGGACAGAUUUUGACGAGCUCAGCGAGUUUCUCUCUGACGACUCGCUUCGGGAACUCACUGGUUGCGACGAUUUGAACAACUGUCUCUUCCUUGAAGCCAGAGUCAAUUCUGAGGAGGUGAUCAUAAGAAACUUGGGCGAGAAGUUGCCAAGACUUAUUGAGCUCAAACUCAACAAUAGCAACAUUAAUUCGAUCAGGGAUUUGGGAACAGCCUUCAAGAAGCUGAUGGUUUUAUGGAUGUCUCGAUGCAACUUACAGGAACUCGAUGGGAUCAGUGCCUUCGAUUCUAUCAAAGAACUGUAUCUGGCCUUCAACGAGAUUUCUGACUUGAGCCCGUUGGUUGGGUGUGAUACAAUUGAGGUCUUGGAUUUGGAAGGAAACGCUGUGACAGAUAUUUCUGAAGUUCAAUUCCUUGUCUCAUGUUCAAAUCUCUCCUCUCUCACGCUGGAGGGAAAUCCCGUCUCAAAACUCCCUGAAUACCACAAGCAAAUAUUGGAAGCGCUACCAUUCCUGCUGACCCUUGACGAUCAGGAUACGAAACUUCUAUUGGUAAAUAACGAGAAGGAGAGAUCUCCUAAUGGUGGAGAGCUAUUUGCGUUGAACACCUCAAUGGAUGAGGACAACGAUUUCUUGGACUCUUUGCCAUCUGAUCUCAAGCAAUUAGAGAGCGACAAAGAAAAGCCUGGCCUAGAGAAUCUCCGUAUCUCAUAUAACCCGGACAACAUUGAAGAGCUUUUGCUGAGUGUGAAUGGGAACGAGCUCAGGCUAUGUCUAGACCCUCAACGACAAGCUCUCUACGCUCGCAAGGUCAACGAGUUGGAAGCAGUCGACCCGCUUCUGCGAUCCCCAUGGGAAACUUGCAGGCUCGGGGGGUUCCGGAGGACGACGACGCAGUGGUAUGAUUUAUCGUAUUGCUCUCUUUGGAGACUGAAGGACGCCAUAGACUUUAGGCCUUCGACUGCAAACAUGUUCACCAAGAACAUGAGACCUGGCUCAUCGAAGAGCCUCGCAAGGCCCAUGUCGGCAUAUAGCCGUUUUACAAAUUACCAAAGCAACACAAAUCGCCCGGGAACAGGGUCUCGACCGACAAGUGCGGGAGGGAGGAGACAGGGUCAACCUUGGGCACAAGGCUUCAAAGCGUCUGAGGAGGAGGCAGAAGAAGAUGUUUCUUCCGAUCUCACUUUUGGCACUGACGAGGUGUAUUGCGGCAAUCUAGCUCGGGGGCUGCGCAGACGCAAUGUAGCUAAGGCGGUAGAGAAGUACAGCAAUUAUGACGAAUCACAGGCAAAGGCACAGGAGAGGAUGAGUAGCGAUGAGAUCCUUGAAGAACUCCGCAAGUGGAAGGCAGAGACUGUUUCCCUCGCACUAUCCUGCGCAGAUGACUGGGAGGAGCCGCAGGAGAUUAUUCCUGGGACCUCGAUGGGAACAGGUCAAAACAGUGACGUGCUAGUACUGGAAGACUCCGGCAAGAACUCAAGUGCUGAUGAGGAGGACAGCGAAGAACUAUUCAACAUGGAGUCAGAUAUGUGGAAUUUUCGGUCUCCACUGGUCAGCGAACAUGACGUGUCUACAUCUGACAUCGAGUCAAUGGCUUCAACCGCUAGAUGCGAUGUCCGGCAACAGGAGGAUACCAAGCAUUCGAUCGAGCCUGUGAAGAGUGGAAGCGUGCGGACAAGAGACGAUCUAUCAUCGAGUGCCGCAGAGAACAUACGACAGAAUGCAGAUCGUACAAUCUCACAAGGAUUAGCGACGACGGAGAUGUCAAAGUCUCGGUGCAGCCCGGCUAAGGAUGCCGAUCUUCCCUCCAACAUCAUACCAACCCCUCCCAAGGAUCAGAACAGAACAGGUACAGGACGACGAUCGCUGCGAGGUCUGGCGCUACAGAGGCUUUCGGAUUGAAUCUUGGCGGACAGUGUUUUGAGAAUCGAUGGUUAAGGAACAUAAAGAGGACGGUGAAUGCUGGG